UUCUUGUAUAGUAGCAUGGCUCAUUUUAUGGAUGGAAAAGCUGUAGCAGCAGAAAUUCGUGCUGAAAUUCGCAAAAAUAUUGAAGAGUUUGUGGAAAAGGGGAAUAGAAAACCCCAUUUAACGGCUAUAAUCGUGGGUGACGAUGUGGCCAGUCAAACGUAUGCACAAAUGAACAUGAACGCAGCCAAAGAUGUUGGCAUUACAAGUGAAAUUAAACGUUUGCCCACCGAAGCUACUGAAAAGGAACUCCUAGAUCUUAUAGAAAGUAUAAAUAAUGAUAAAAGCGUUGAUGGUAUUUUAGUGCAAUUGCCAGUUCCUGAUCAUAUGAACGAACGUAAAAUAUGCAAUGCGGUUAUAUGUGAGAAAGAUGUCGAUGGUUUUAAUGUCUUCAAUGUGGGCCGUAUGUGUUUGGACAUGAAUUCAAUGAUACCUGCAACGCCCUUGGGUGUUAUUGAAUUAAUAAAACGCGCUGGCAUAGAGACUUUCGGCAAAAAUGCUGUGGUAGUGGGACGUUCUAAGAAUGUCAGCAUGCCAAUUGCUAUGCUAAUGCAUGCAGAUGGUCGCAAUGAGACAAAUGCCAUGGAUGCAACCGUUACCAUUUGUCUUCGUUUCACACCACCCAAGGAAUUGGCCAAAUAUUGUUCUAUGGCUGAUAUUAUUAUAACGGCCACCGGUGUACCCCGUUUGAUAACCAAGGAGAUGGUAAAACCGGGCGCAUGUGUAAUAGAUGUGGGCAUAACUCAUAUUACGGAUCCAAACACUGGGAAUACCAAAUUAGUAGGCGAUGUUGAUUUUGAUGAAGUACGAAAAGUUGCCGGCCACAUAACUCCAGUACCGGGAGGUGUUGGCCCCAUGACAGUCGCCAUGUUAAUGCACAACACCUUUACAGCAGCCAAAAAUUUGGCAGCAGCCUCCAUUAAAAGUUAACUAGCGCGCCCUCAUUGCUGACAAUAGACAGGCAGGCAACUCUUGGGUGCCUCGAUUUGCCCACACUCAAGUCCUUGCAUUUCUUUCUCUUUUCUACGGAAUAGAUGUUACUCCUCUCCUUGUGACAACGGUAAUAUGGUCUCUCCUUUGGCUCGCAGAAUAUAUUUUAAGUCUGCUAGUCCUUGCCCAAGACACAUGUAUUUUUUUUAUUAACUGCA